CAAAGUGAAGGCGGGUUGGGAGGACGGGGAUGUGAGGAGUUGAGGCGGCAGGUCGGGCAGCCGGCAGGCUGGGGCCGUAGCGCGCGGGGGCUGAGCCCCUCCUUGCCGCAGUUCUCCUGUGUCCUCCCCCGGCGUCUCCGGGAGGCCUGGGAGCCCUGAGAACCCAGGCGUGUGUCUGUCCUCAGGUUCCGAGAGAGCCAUGGCGGUGCGGCCGCGGGCGCCACAGUGCUUCCUCUGCGGGCGGCUGAGUCCUUUCCCCCGCGUCUUCGCUGCUGGAGCUGUGGCCGCCGAGUCGGGGGCCCUCGCGGGGGACCAGGAGCUGCCCGACUACGCGGAAUCCGGAUGGGACCGCCUCCGGGACCUGUUUGUCAAAGAUGAACAACAGAGAACUUCAAAGGAACUUGAGAAUAUUUAUAAGGCAGCAGUUUCAGCAGGCAUUAUCGGCUGGGCAUAUGGCGGCAUACCAGCUUUUAUUCAUGCUAAACAGCGCUAUGUUGAACAGAGCCAAGCAGAAGUUUAUCAUAACCGAUUUGAUGCUGUGCAAUCUGCACAUCGUGCUGCCACACGAGGCUUCAUCCGGUACGGCUGGCGCUGGAGUUGGAGAACUACAGUGUUUGUGACCAUAUUCAACACAGUCAACACUGGUCUAAAUGUGUACCGAAAUAAAAAUGCUCUAAGCCAUUUUGUCAUUGCAGGAGCUGUCACAGGAGGUCUUUUUAGAAUAAACUUAGGCCUGCAUGGUCUGGUGGCUGGUGGCAUAAUUGGAGCCUUGCUAGGCGCUCCUGUAGGAAGUCUUUUGAUGGCAUUUCAGAAGUUCUAUGGGGAGACUGUCCAAGAGAGAACACAGAAGGAUCGCAAAGCACUCCAUGAGCUAAAACUGGAAGAGAGUAAAGCCAGACUACAAUUUACUCAGCUCCUCCCUGAAGAAAUUGAAAGUAGCUUACAGAAAAAUCAAUCCAAAGAUGAUGUUAAGAAAAUUGAAGCACUGCUAAAUCUUCCUAGAAACCCUUCAUCAACAAAUAAACAAGACAAAGACUGAACUUAAAAUUCAUUGGUGAAUCAAAGGGAUCUAUGUCAUUGAAUGCCAAUAGUAGGCUUCUCCUUGGUCAGCCUGGUGACAAAUGUAAGUGCAGGCACCUCUAGUGGCAAUGGCCACUUACCUUUUUUUUUAACCAAGAAUUGGGCUAUUAUAUGGUCACUUUACUUAUCCUUAAGUUUAAAUACACACUUAUGUCUUUCCUGAUUGAUCUAUAUAUUUGAAAUUAUAUCUGUACUGAUCAAUCAAUACAAUACAAUACAUAAUUCUUUUCCCUGGAUUUUACUACAGAAAAUUUAAAAUUUCCCAAGAUUGGAGUUGACUUCUGAGGGUUGUAUGUUUAUUCUUGCGGCCCUUUAUUUUUUUAUUUUUUUAAAGAUUCUAUUUAUUUAUUCAGGAAGACACAGGGAGAGAGGCAGAGACACUGACAGAGGGAGAAUCAGGCUCCUCUUGGGAAGCUCAAUGCAGGACUCAAUCCCAGGACCCCAGGAUCACAACCAGAGCCAAAGGCUGACACUCAACCACUGAGCUACCCAGGCGUCCCUCUUGCAGCCCUUUAAAAGGAUACUCUAGGCAUCACUAGGAAGAGGAGAGGAAAGAACCAGGUGAGGCAAAUGGUCUGUGAUGAAACCUUUGUGCCUUUGGGUCCUUGAAACAUCAUGGGCCUAAGUGUGUAGGGACUCCUGGGUGGCUCUCCAUUGAGUGUCCGACUCUUGAUUUUGGCUCAGGCCAUGAUUUCAGAGUCAUGGGAUUGAGCCCUGUGUGGGGCACCAUGCUCAGCAUGGAGUCUUCUUGUCCUUCCUCCCUACCCCUCCACCCCUUCCCCCAAAAGCAUGCACUCUCAAAUAAAUAAAAUUUUUAAAAAUAAAAUAAAAAGAUAAUUCCUAUGCCAUUUGAAAUACAAUAUAAAUUUAACAAACAUGAAGUAGAUAAGCAUUAUUUUUUAAAAAGAGCCAGACUUUGUUUCAUCUCUUAGUGCUGCUGACAAAGUAUCUAUGCAAAAGUUAGAAUAGCUACACAGUCUUUAUACUCUAGGAGCUUGCUCCUUAAGAAGGAAGCUGUCCUGCAGAUUUUAACUUUUACUGAAGUGAGGGGUGGGGCAGCCCAGGUGGCUCAACGGUUAGCACCGCCUUCAGCCCGGGACAUGAUCCUGGAGACUGCAUGGAGCCUGCUUCUCCCUCUGCCUGUGUCUCUGCCUCUCUCUCUAUUGUCUCUCAUGAAUAAAUAAAUAAAAUCUGGGGAUCCCUGGGUGGCUCAACGGUUUAGCACCUGCCUUUGUCCCGGGGCGCGGUCCUGGGGUCCCGGGAUCGGUUCCUGCAUUGGGCUCCCAGCAUGAGCCUGCUUCUCCGUCUGCCUCUGUCUCUGCCUCUCUCUCUCUGUGUCUAUCAUAAAUGAAUGAACAAAUCUUUAAAAAAAUAAAAAAUAAAUAAAUAAAAUCUUUAAAAAAUAAAGUAAGGGGGGUGGGGAUGUACUGCUUUAGUGUACUAAGGGGGAAAGACUGCUAGUAUUUUGUUUCAGUGUUAGACCUCUUUGUUUUUAGUUCCUGCUCUAAAAAUAACUAUUUUCAGAAACCAGGUUUGUGUAGCUGUGGGAUAUAGUGGCUGAAACCAAGGGCUCUGGAGCCAUCACUGUCUUGAAAUCCCAGUCCUGUAGCUUUGCAGCCAUGUGACCUAUAUAACGAAGCCAUUUUACUUUUAAGUCUCAGUUUUCCCUUCUGUCCAAUGAGAUGGUAUCUACCUCAGGAUGGGUAUGAAGUGAAAAGCAUAGCACAAUGCCCUGGUGCACAGGGGAUGAUAGAUAGAACAACAAAUAUCAGUAAUUAUAAGGAUAGAAGAAUCUCUGCACAAGUCUAUUUUUACCAUGAUUUACACGUUAUCACCACACUCCAUAAAACAGGUUUUUCUUAAUUAUCCCAUUCAUAAAUUGCAGACAACUGGCAAUUAGUUAUUGUUUUAUUCACAUCCGCAUAUAGGUUAAGUUCUCCAACUAGAAAUUAUAAAACUAGAUGAUUGGUUUUAAAAAUAAUUUUAUUCAUAUCACAAAAAUAUCAAUAAAAGUAUAAUUCUUUGGAAAAUAGUACCAACA